AUGGGCCUAAACAGCGUCACCCACUCUGAGGAGUCUGCUGGCAACCAGCGGGAGACGCCUGCACUGCCGAAAAGGCAACGGCCACGCCAACAACAGCGGGAGAAGCUGUCAACGCCAGCGCCUGAAACCGGGCGUCCCGAAACCUCCAAAGAAUUCGCCGCUCGCAUCAAGCGUGUCGUUCUCCACCCACCUCGCGCAGAACGACAGGAGGGCGCGGGUGCCCAGCUAACUUCUCCCAGCACACCCAGCACCAAAACGGCCACCAAAUCCGCUGAACAGGCGGACGGCACACCACCAUCUCCGACCCCGCAGGACAGCAGUACCCCAGCUCAGCCCGCCAAGCAUGCAGAACGUUCGGAAGCUCAGCUCCUGGACCACAUUGCCAGUUCUCAAGACGGCAUUCACCUGGAGGGCGCGUUACACAACAGAUACGCUGAAGACGCAUUUUUUGCGCCGAUCGUCAAGAACCCCCAUCAGUACAAGAAUUUUCGUGUCUCUGACGGUCUAGUCUUUCUCAGGGAACGAGGACGUGAGCUACUGUGUAUCCCCCACGUCCUAGUCAAUGGGCACAAUGCCCGGGAGAUUGUGAUCUCACACGCGCACUCUCUUCUCGCUCACCUGGGACCAAAAAAGACUGCCGACCUCCUUUGCGACCACGUAUGGUGGAAAACU